UCUUUUCUCUCUUCUUUCCUAUGUAAUAAUAUGUUUAUACUAAUUGUAGCGUUUCGUUUAGUAUUUGGAUAUAUUAAUAAUAGUAUUAUUACUAUUAGGAAAGUGUUAUUAAAUUGCUUGACUUACUUUGAGAUCUCUCAGGAUUAUUUGUUUAAAAAGGACUGGAUUUGGUGGUGAAAUUUUAACCAUGAGUGGAGGUUUAGCACCAAGUAAAAGCACAGUUUAUGUAGGUAAUCUGCCUUUCUCCCUCACCAACAACGACCUUCAUACACUCUUUGAAAAAUAUGGAAGGGUUGUUAAGGUCACUAUCAUGAAAAACAAAGAGACAAGGCAAAGCAAAGGAGUGGCUUUUGUUUUGUUCCUCGACCGAGAUUCGGCACAUCGAUGUGUGAGAGCCCUCAAUAACACUCAGUUGUUUGGCAGAACACUCAAAUGUAGCAUUGCUAAAGAUAAUGGAAGAACAACAGAGUUCAUUCGUAGAAAGGACUACAAGGAUAAAUCUAGAUGUUACGAGUGUGGGGAAUUUGGUCAUUUGAGUUACAACUGCACUCAUAAUAUGUUGGGAGACAGGGAACCCCCAAAGAAAAAAGAGAAGAAGAACAAAAGAAAAAUUGAAGACGCAGAUGAAUAUGAGGAGGAAGAGCAAGAGCAGACAGAGGAGGAAGAAGAGGAAGAAGAAGAAGAAAGCCUAAGUGCUGCUAUAAGAUAUCAGCAACUGAGAAUGGAAGAAGAAGAAUAUAGGGUUCGGGUUGCUACUGGUAACUAUAACCUCCCCACGUCAAGUGCAGAGGGGACUGUAAAGAAACGGUUCAAGAAAGAUACUUAUUUUAGUGAUGAAGAAGAAGUUGAUGAAGACUGAACUUAUUGAAGUGAUGAAUAACUUAUGUGUGUGUAUCAAAGUGAUUCAAAAUGUCUGUAUAUAUAUCCUGUAUAGAAUAUAUCUCACUGUUGAAAACAAAACCAUUUGGUUCAUGAAAGAGGCUUAUCACAGUAGUGAGUCAUUAUAAUUUCUGUUUUGUAGUUCACUGUUGAAAACAAAACCAAAACCAUCAGUUCAUGAAAUGAGUAGCUAUAAUGUUUGUGGUAAGUCUGUUCAUAAUUUAUGUAAAGGUUUCAUGUACAGAACAGGUGUUUUACUUUUUGAGAUAUUCAUACAAGUGUACUGUUAUGUAUUCAUAAACAUUUUGUGUAGCAUAAAUAAUAAAACAUCAAGAAACCUGUAA